UUGCGAGGUGCAAUUCACGUAGUGAGAGAGUAGUUUGGGUCGAGACUUAGCGGAGAAUUUACCGGAAGAUUAGGAGGGGCAUGAAUUAUCAAUUUAAAUUUCAUAAACUAAGCUAUGUAGGGGGGCAUGAACUGAUUCCAGUGGCUGGAACCGGCCCCUUUAAAAUGAGGUACUAAGUCACUGAUUCAGAUACGUCCAGGCUCCAUCGCUACCCUCUGCUCAGCUGCAACAAUGACAAGGGGAAAGUGGUUCAGAUACGUCCCUUCCCGCCUCCACCUUCGCCGGUCCUUCUCUUCGGACUGUCUUCACCCGGCCCCAUUUCAUCCUCCUCGAAGAGUUGUCGUCACUGGUAUUGGCAUGGUGACACCACUUGGCUGUGGGGUCAAAACUACUUGGAAGAGAUUGAUAGAAGGUGAAUGUGGUGUAAGAGCAAUAACUAUUGAUGACUUGAAGAUGAAUGGUUUUGAUAGAGAAGUCCGGCUGUCAGCAUUUGAUCAGCUGACAUCAAAAGUUGCCGCGGCAGUGCCUUGUGGAACUAGCCCAGGGGAAUUUCACGACGAGUUGUGGCUCAAUUCCAAAGAGCAUAGAUCAGUUGCAAGGUUUAUAGGGUAUGCACUAUGUGCUACUGAUGAAGCCCUCAAGGAUGCUAAUUGGAUACCCUCCACAUUGGAUGAAAAGGAACGGACAGGAGUCUCCAUCGGUGCUGGGAUUGGAAGCAUUGUCGAUAUAAUGGAUGCAUCCAAAAUGAUAUGCGAGAAGAGUCUACGACGGAUCAGUCCAUUUUUCAUCCCACGGAUACUUAUUAACAUGGCUUCAGGCCAUGUGAGCAUGAAAUAUGGGUUUCAGGGACCAAACCAUGCUGCAGUGACAGCUUGUGCUACGGGGGCUCAUUCAAUUGGAGAUGCUGCUAGGAUGAUUCAAUUUGGUGAUGUUGAUGUCAUGGUUGCUGGAGGGACAGAAGCCAGUAUUGAUGCUUUAUCUAUUGCAGGGUUUUGUAGGCUAAGAGCGUUGACUACCAAGUAUAAUUCUACACCACAAGAAGCUUCAAGGCCAUUUGAUUGUGACCGGGAUGGAUUUGUCAUCGGUGAGGGUUGUGGUAUUUGUGUGUUAGAGGAAUUGGAACAUGCAAAGAAGCGUGGGGCUAAGAUAUACGCUGAGCUUCGUGGUUAUGGAAGCUCAGGUGAUGCAUAUCAUAUAACUCAACCACAUUUAGACGGGCGAGGUGCUAUUUUGGCAAUGACUCGUGCUUUGAAGCAGUCUGGUCUUCGUCCUAACCAAGUGGACUACAUAAAUGCACAUGCGACAUCCACACCUUUGGGUGAUACUGUGGAAGCUAAUGCAAUCAAACAUGUAUUUUCCGAUUAUGCGACUUCACGAGAUCUCGCCUUUUCCUCGACUAAGGGUGCGAUCGGGCAUUUACUUGGAGCAGCCGGAGCUGUAGAAGCUAUUUUCACUGUAUUGACGAUACACCAUGGAAUUGUGCCUUUGACACUCAACCUUAAAAAGCCGGACUCCAUAUUUACUAAACAUUUCAUGCCAUUGACAACCUCAAAACAAAUAGAGGUUAAGGCUGCGUUGUCGAACUCGUUUGGUUUUGGGGGAACAAAUUCAUCUUUGCUUUUUGCUUCCAUUAACUAAUGGGUGGGGUUCCCAUGACAUUAGAACCCCAUGGCAUGGGAUGACUCGGGGGUGCUCCGGUGCUCUUUUCGUAAAAUUGACGAGUCCUAUCUCCCCUAACCCCCUCGGUAAACCUUGGCAAAAAUAAUAAUGCAUUUUUACCUUUGACCAAACUAACAACCAAUUUUGUUUAUUGUAUUCUUUCUCUAGUAUAUGUGGGUUACUCACACCCUCCCCAAACACUACAUACACACACCUUCUCCAGACCCUAGUUUUUUUGGG